AUGCUCGAAGUGGCUUGUGGAAGAAAACCUGUAGAGCCACAGCUUAAUAACAUGAUUUUGGCAGAGUGGGUUGUGGAGAGAUGGGUACAAGGAGCUAUUCUUGAGGCAAGUGAUCCGAGCUUGAGAGGUGAUUUUGAGGUUGAAGAAAUGGAGUUGGUUUUGAAGUUGGGUUUACUUUGCUCGCAUUCUAAUCCAGUGGCUAGGCCUAGCAUGAGGCAAGUGAUGCAGUAUUUGAAUGGCGAUGCGACCUUGCCGGAAAUAAUGGCGGAUGCUAUAGGACCUGACAUGUUUUCAGUUAGCAUGUUUUUAGUCGGGAGUAGAGAGUAUAAUGAAUAUUUAUCGUCAUUUGCUUCAUCAUCUGGGAAGGCUUCUGGUUAUUCCAUGUCUACUACCGACCCUAUCCUCUCUCAGGCCGCACUCAAUCUUCUUGCUUUGAGGUUGGCCUCAGAGCUUCAUCUACGAUGCUAUGAAGACUUUGUGAUGCUGCUUCUAAUGGGUUUGAGUCCUCAAGCAUCAGAAGAAUCCCAACUGCCCUGUAAUCCUUAUUUGAAAUUGGAUCCAAAGGCUAAGCUUGAUGAUCUUUCUGGGCCAAACUUCAUGGCUUCCGAUAUAAGGUUCGUUUUAGGUGGCAACAGACUUUCUCCAGCGCCAUGCACACGGUUUGGAACCUCUGUCUUCAAACCUAGGGUUUAUGGGAGGUCAUUUUGUAGGCAAUUUUUGAAAAUAACUUCAAUUGGUGGUAUUAUAUUGUAUGAUGUGGCAUUAAACCAGAGUUUUUAA